AUGCAGAGGAUGCUUCCAUCUCUUUUAUCUCGGAGUGAUCGUCUUUUGAUCAAAGGUGGUAAAAUAGUGAAUGACGACCAGUCUUUUUAUGCAGACAUUUACAUGGAAGAUGGGUUGAUAAAGCAAAUAGGAGAGAAUCUGAUUGUGCCGGGGGGAGUGAAAACUAUUGAAGCCCAUGGCAGGAUGGUGAUUCCUGGAGGGAUUGAUGUUCACACCCGCUUCCAGAUGCCGGAACAGGGGAUGACGUCUGCUGAUGACUUCUUCCAAGGGACCAAGGCUGCGCUGGCUGGGGGCACCACCAUGAUCAUUGAUCAUGUGGUUCCUGAGCCAGGGACCAGUUUGCUGACGGCAUUUGACCAGUGGCGAGAAUGGGCAGACAGCAAAUCCUGCUGUGACUACUCUCUGCAUGUGGACAUCACUGAGUGGCAUAAAGGUGUCCAGGAGGAGAUGGAAGCUCUGGUUAAAGAUCAUGGUGUGAACUCCUUCUUGGUGUACAUGGCUUUCAAAGAUCGCUUUCAGCUGACUGAUUCUCAGAUAUAUGAGGUCCUGAGUGUGAUCCGGGAUAUUGGCGCGACAGCUCAAGUGCAUGCUGAGAACGGUGACAUCAUUGCUGAGGAGCAGCAAAGGAUCCUGGAGCUGGGAAUCACAGGCCCUGAAGGGCAUGUGUUGAGCAGACCUGAGGAGGUGGAAGCAGAGGCUGUGAACCGGGCAAUAACCAUCGCCAACCAAACCAACUGCCCCCUUUAUAUCACCAAGGUGAUGAGCAAAAGUGCUGCUGAUGUCAUUGCUCAAGCCAGGAAAAAGGGCACUGUGGUGUACGGAGAGCCCAUCACAGCCAGCUUGGGUACCGAUGGAUCUCAUUACUGGAGCAAGAAUUGGGCUAAGGCAGCAGCUUUUGUUACUUCCCCACCACUGAGUCCUGACCCAACCACUCCUGAUUUUCUCAACUCACUACUGUCCUGUGGAGACCUCCAAGUUACUGGCAGUGCCCACUGCACCUUCAACACUGCUCAGAAAGCUGUUGGGAAAGACAACUUCACCCUGAUCCCUGAAGGAACCAAUGGGACUGAAGAGAGGAUGUCCAUCAUCUGGGAUAAGGCUGUGGUAACUGGCAAGAUGGAUGAGAACCAGUUUGUUGCUGUGACCAGCACAAAUGCAGCUAAAAUCUUUAACCUGUACCCACGGAAGGGCCGUAUUGCAGUGGGCUCGGAUGCUGAUCUGGUUAUCUGGGAUCCCGACAGCGUCAAGACAAUCUCUGCCAAGACUCAUAACAUAUCUCUGGAGUACAAUAUCUUCGAAGGCAUGGAGUGCCGUGGGUCUCCCCUCGUCGUUAUCAGCCAGGGGAAGAUUGUGCUGGAGGAUGGGAAUCUCCAUGUCACCGAGGGAUCCGGGCGGUAUAUCCCCAGGAAACCAUUCCCUGACUUCGUUUACAAGCGCAUCAAAGCAAGGAGCAGGCUGGCUGAGCUGAGGGGGGUGCCUCGAGGCCUCUACGACGGACCCGUCUGUGAAGUGUCGGUGACACCGAAGACCGUCACACCAGCGUCUUCAGCUAAGACAUCUCCUGCCAAACAGCAGGCCCCACCCGUGAGGAACCUGCACCAGUCUGGAUUCAGCUUGUCUGGGGCACAGAUCGAUGACAACAUCCCACGCCGCACGACCCAGCGCAUCGUGGCACCACCGGGUGGACGUGCCAACAUCACCAGCUUGGGCUAAGGAGCGAGCCCUCUGCGCCCGCACAGCGCACCGGGGCCGGGGGCACCUCGACACCCUUCUUGAGUCUUUUAGAGCCUGUGACGGUUACUG